AAAAAGAAAAAAAAAAAGAAAAAAAAAAGAAAAAUUACAGUUGUCUCCCCCAUCCUUUAUUACUUUUCAACUUCACCACCGUAAGAUCGAACCUCUCUCGGUGCUCAGUUCCCGUUCUCCGCCGCUCUCUUCCGUCGAUUUCUUCUUCUCAGUUGGAAGAUGGCGAACUUACAACUCUCUGGAAUCAUUGAAAAGAUGACUGGUAAAGAUAAGGAUUAUAGAUAUAUGGCAACCUCUGAUUUGCUCAAUGAGUUGAAUAAGGACUCUUUUAAGCUCGAUGUGGACUUGGAGAUGAGAUUGUCGAGCAUCAUAUUGCAACAGCUCGAUGAUGUUGCUGGUGAUGUUUCUGGAUUGGCUGUUAAGUGUCUUGCUCCGUUGGUGAAGAAGGUUGGAGAAGAGCGUAUUGUGGAGAUGACCAACAAGUUAUGUGAUAAAUUGCUUCAUGGGAAAGACCAACACCGUGAUACCGCAAGCAUAGCUCUCAGGACUGUUGUCGCUCAAGUUGCUCCUUCGCUCGCACCAUCUAUUCUUGUUACUCUAACUCCACAAAUGAUUGGAGGGAUAAGUGGACAGGGAAUGAGCCCAGGGAUUAAGUGUGAAUGUCUUGAGAUCAUGUGUGAUGUUGUUCAAAAAUACGGGAGUUUAAUGGCAGAUGAUCACGGGAAGCUACUGAACACACUGUUAUUGCAAUUGGACUGUAACCAAGCCACAGUCAGGAAGAAGACUGUUACAUGCAUUGCAUCUCUUGCGUCAAGUCUGUCUGAUGAUUUGCUCGCAAAGGCGACAGUUCAAGUUGUGAAAAACCUAAGUAACAGGAAUGCUAAAUCUGAAAUUACACGCACCAAUAUACAAAUGAUUGGAGCAAUAAGCCGUGCUGUUGGAUACCGAUUUGGGACCCACCUUGGUAACACUGUUCCAGUACUGAUCAAUUACUGCACCAGCGAUUCAGAAAAUUAUGAGGAGCUCCGCGAGUAUAGCUUACAGGCACUUGAAAGUUUCUUGUUACGGUGUCCAAGAGACAUCUCACCAUAUUGUGAUAAAAUUUUAAAUCUCACUUUGGAAUAUAUAAGCUAUGACCCGAAUUUUACGGACAACAUGGAUGAAGAUACUGAUGAUGAGACUCCUGAAGAUGAAGAAGAUGACGAGAGUGCAAAUGAGUACACGGAUGAUGAGGAUGCCAGCUGGAAAGUUAGGAGAGCAGCAGCGAAAUGCUUGGCAGGAUUAAUAGUGUCUCGUUCUGAGAUGAUCUCUAAAGUAUAUCAGGAGGCCUGCCCGAAACUAAUUGAUAGAUUUAAGGAAAGGGAGGAAAAUGUGAAGAUGGAUGUUUUCAACACAUUCAUUGAUCUGUUACGACAAACAGGAAAUGUGACAAAAGGUCAAACUGACACCGAUGAAUCAAGGCAAAUUUUCUGCACCCUUUCCCUCCAUCAGGACGGAUGUCCGAAAUGGCUACUGAAGCAAGAAGUCUCAAAGAUUGUGAAAUCCAUUAAUAGGCAACUGCGUGAGAAGUCUGUGAAGACAAAGGUACGGAAGUAUGAAAUUCUCCUUUUGGUCUGGUUCCUAUUUGAUAUUUUAGUAACUCCUUUCCUUCUGCAGGUUGGAGCAUUCUCUGUCUUGAGAGAGCUUGUGGUCGUCUUGCCUGAUUGCCUUGCUGAUCAUAUUGGUUCGCUAGUUCCUGGAAUUGAAAAAGCACUAAAUGAUAAAUCUUCUACAUCAAACUUGAAAAUUGAAGCUCUUGUCUUCACAAAGUUAGUCUUGGAAUCGCAUGCGCCUCCUGUUUUUCAUCCUUACAUUAAGGCUCUCUCCAGUCCUGUUUUAGCUGCUGUUGGAGAACGCUAUUACAAGGUGACCGCUGAGGCAUUAAGGGUUUGUGGGGAACUUGUCAGAGUAGUCCGUCCAAGUACUCAGAGUAUGGGCUUUGAUUUUAAACCAUUUGUUCAUCCAAUCUACAAUGCGAUAAUGUCUCGGUUGACAAAUCAAGACCAGGACCAGGAGGUCAAGGAGUGUGCUAUUACCUGCAUGGGUCUCGUUAUUUCAACAUUUGGCGAUGAACUCAGAAAAGAAUUACCUUCAUGCCUUCCUGUGCUUGUUGACCGAAUGGGAAACGAAAUCACUCGCCUCACAGCAGUGAAGGCAUUUUCUGUCAUUGCCACUUCUCCGCUGCACAUUGAUCUGUCAUGUGUUUUGGUCCAUUUGAUUGCUGAAUUAACUGGAUUCUUAAGAAAGGCUAAUCGGGUUCUAAGGCAAGCAACACUGAUUACCAUGAAUACCUUGGUAACAGCCUACGGAGAUAAGAUUGGCUCAGAUGCUUAUGAAGUUAUUGUUGUGGAACUUUCAUCUCUGAUAAGUGUUUCGGAUCUCCACAUGACAGCUCUUGCACUUGAACUUUGCUGCACUCUGAUGACUGGAAAGAGUUGUAGCGAAAAUAUCAGUUUGGCGGUUCGCAACAAAGUUCUUCCGCAGGCUUUAACUUUAGUUAAAAGCCCAUUGCUUCAGGGUCAAGCACUUUUGGCUCUGCAAGGAUUCUUCGAAGCUCUGGUGUAUCAUGCAAAUACGAGUUUCUACACCUUGCUGGACUCUUUACUUUCCUGCGCUAAGCCUUCUCCUCAGUCUGGAGGUGUCCCAAAGCAAGCAUUGUAUUCAAUUGCACAGUGUGUCGCGGUUCUUUGUCUCGCGGCAGGUGAUCAGAAUUGUUCUUCUACAGUUAAAAUGCUUACGGAAAUACUUAAAGAUGACAGCGGCACAAAUACAGCAAAACAACAUCUUGCCCUGUUGUCUCUUGGUGAGAUUGGGAGAAGGAAAGAUCUAAGCGCACAUGCUGGCAUUGAAACACUCGUCAUUGAGUCUUUCCAAUCUCCUUUCGAAGAAAUAAAGUCUGCGGCUUCAUAUGCUCUGGGAAACAUUGCUGUUGGCAAUCUGCCUAAUUAUUUACCUUUUAUCUUGAACCAGAUUGAUAAUCAACAGAAAAAACAAUAUAUUCUUCUUCAUUCACUCAAGGAGGUAAUCGUGAGGCAGUCUGUUGAUAAAGCGGACUUCCAGAAUUCUAGUGUUGAGAAAAUACUUGCUUUACUGUUCAACCACUGUGAAAGCGAGGAAGAGGGUGUAAGGAAUGUUGUUGCUGAAUGCUUGGGAAAAAUGGCGUUGAUAGAACCUGAGAAAUUGGUUCCUGCACUUAAGGUAAGGACGACUAGUCAAGCCGCGUUUACUCGUGCGACUGUUGUUACCGCUGUGAAAUAUUCUGUAGUGGAACGGCCUGAGAAGUUAGAUGAAAUCAUCUUCCCUGAGAUUUCUUCAUUCCUGAUGCUAAUCAAAGAUGGUGAUAGGCAUGUUAGGCGUGCAGCUGUGUCAGCCCUGAGUACCUUUGCUCACUAUAAACCAAACCUUAUUAAAGGUCUCCUCCCUGAAUUGUUACCGCUUCUUUAUGAUCAAACCGUUAUUAAGAAAGAAUUAAUAAGAACGGUUGAUCUAGGGCCAUUCAAGCACGUUGUAGAUGAUGGGCUUGAAUUGAGGAAAGCAGCUUUUGAGUGUGUAUUUACUCUGCUUGAUAGCUGUCUUGAUCAACUGAAUCCAUCUUCUUUCAUUAUUCCUUUCCUCAAAUCCGGAUUAGAAGAUCAUUACGAUCUGAAGAUGCUGUGUCAUCUUAUACUCUCACUACUAGCGGAUAAAUGCCCCUCAGCCGUGCUAGCUGUACUGGAUUCGCUUGUGGAACCACUGCAAAAAACAAAAAACUUCAAGCCAAAGCAAGAUGCAGUGAAGCAAGAGCAUGACCGUAAUGAAGACAUGAUCAGAAGUGCUCUCCGUGCUAUAUCAUCAUUGGAUCGGAUCAGUGGAGUGGAUUAUAGCCACAAGUUCAAGAGCUUAAUGGCUGACAUGAAGAGGUCUGAACAAUUGUGGGGAAAAUACCAGACAAUCCGCAACGAGUGAAGAGUUUGUAUAUUGUGUUACUGAACCACAAAGGCGAUGGAUGAUUAAUUUUCUCUGCAUGAGAGAUGAAACAGUGUUCCAAGAGGGUACAGGGAAACAAAAUUGAGAACAUAGUUUUCUGAAUCGGCGAACAAGAAUUUUAAUGCUCAACAGUUAUUUUAGUUAAAAGGCUUCUGUUUUUUUUUAACUCUGCUUCUGUGUUGUUGCUUUAUAAGUUUUCAUUUUGCGACCGUGUGAGCGAUCUUACACCCCUUGUUUCCUCUGGCUCGCCAAUGGCUAGGAAAUAUUGUGUUUCAAACAUAAUAAAAGAAUGGAGUUAAAACUAAAUGGCCUCUCCCAGAAAGACGAUUGUGUCA